AUGGAGGUGCCGAGCGCCAAGGACUUCCAGUGGCAGCGCCUGGCGCCGCUGCCCAGCCGCCGGGUCUACUGCUCCCUGCUGGAGAGCGGGGGGCAGGUCUAUGCCAUCGGGGGCUGUGACGACAGCGGCAUCCCCGUGGACUGCUUUGAGGUCUACUCCCCCGAGGCCGACCGGUGGACCGCCCUGCCCCGCCUGCCCACGGCCCGGGCCGGGGUGGCCGCCACCGCCCUGGGGAAGCGGAUCAUGGUGAUCGGGGGCGUGGGCACCACCCAGCUGCCCCUGAAGGUCGUGGAGAUGUACAACAUCGACGAGGGCAAGUGGAAGAGGAGGAGCGCGCUGCGCGAGGCCGCCAUGGGCAUUUCGGUCACCGCCAAAGACUACCGAGUGUAUGCAGCAGGCGGGAUGGGCCUGGACCUCCGUCCACACAACCAUCUCCAACACUAUGACAUGCUCAAGGACAUGUGGGUGUCACUAGCACCCAUGCCCACCCCAAGAUACGCUGCAACCUCCUUCCUCCGAGGCUCCAAGAUCUAUGUGCUAGGGGGACGACAGUCCAAGUACGCAGUGAACGCCUUUGAGGUCUUUGACAUCGAGACUCGCUCCUGGACCAAGUUCCCCAACAUCCCCUGCAAGCGGGCCUUCUCCAGCUUUGUGACCCUAGAUGACCGGCUGUACAGCCUGGGAGGCCUGAGGCAGGCUCGGCUCUACCGGCAGCCCAAGUUCCUCCGGACGAUGGACGUGUUCGACAUGGAGCAGGGGGGAUGGCUGAAGAUGGAACGCUCGUUUUUCCUCAAGAAGCGGCGGGCAGACUUUGUGGCCGGCUCUCUGAGUGGACGGGUCAUAGUGGCCGGAGGGCUUGGGAACCAACCCACUGUCCUGGAGACGGCGGAGGCGUUCCACCCAGGGAAGAACAAAUGGGAGGUCCUACCCCCCAUGCCCACGCCCCGCUGUGCCUGCUCCAGCAUUGUCAUCAAGAACUGCCUCCUGGCUGUGGGGGGUGUGAACCAGGGUCUGAGCGACACAGUGGAAGCCCUGUGUGUCUCUGACUCCUAGCUGUCCCUGGGCCCAGCACCUUUGCCCCGAACCAGAUCACCCCACUCUCGACAAGAGGAAUGGUCGACUCCCAGGAUGCCAGCUCCUGCCAGCAGUUCACGGGGUCAGGCCCUGGGGCUCUGAGUGACCUCCCUCCACCUCCAAACUGUACCAAUCCCAGGAAACCAUAAGAAGUCCAGAAUGAGUUCACCAGCCUCCAGCUGGAACCCAACUGAGCUUUGAAGAGAAUCCCCCGUGACUGCUCGGGCAGAGAAAGGCACAGAAGUACCUGCUGUCUCCCUUCACUGUGAGUCCCACCUCCUCCAGUGUCCAGGCUAGGUGGUGCCUAAGGCAGAAGACAGCUGCUAUCACUGUCUUCUUCCUGGCUCUGAACUAGUUUGAGGGUCCCUUGGGAUGGAAGAUGGAGAAGCAUUGCAUGGAGUCCCAAACCCCUCUUCCCCCCCCCCCCGUGGUCUUCAUCCCUCCCCCACUUGGCGGUCAACGAUGGGCCUGCCCUCGCCCUGGUCUGCUCACCGAGAAUUGGCCUUGGAGCAGGGCCUGCUGAACUGGAAGGGCAGCCAGGUUCAAAUAGACUGGUCCAGGUCGGCAGCCUUGGCCAGGAAGAACCCAUGCCCCUCGGGUGCCUGAUGGCAAUGUGGUGAUGGGGAAGGAGCAGACACCCAGCCAGCCCAGGCUCUGCUUCCCGCUCCCCUGCUCACUCACGUUCUCCUUCUGCCACCCGUCCCUGGCCCUUUCCUCCCUUACGGCCCGAGAGCGUUUUCUGUGUUAAACCUUCUUAUUUACACUGUGGCAUCAAAAUCCACGAAGGCUGGAUUAACUGCAUUCCGGUUAACAGCAGCAGCACAAUGAUUAAAAUCUAUAUUCCUAUCCUCUCGGGCACCCAGUGCAGGGGUGGGGUGGAUGGGUGUCUUGACAGGUAGAGGGACCCCAGAAAACAGUCCCUCUGACAGUCUCAGACUAAAGAAGACCCCAGGUGACCACCGUUCUUGGCUGUUCCCUCUGGGAAGCCUCCACCUGCAAACUACCAAUGGCCUGUCACCUUGCUCCCAUGCAGCUGCGGCUCUUCCUUCUCUUCAGCCUUGAAACUCCACUUACCCUUCUCUUCAGCGUUGAGAUUCCACUUACCCGUUCCUUCAGAAAGGCUAUGCUCAUUAGCUGACGUCUUCACGUCUGGCCUCAGUUCAUUCAGCUGAACUUCGCUGCUGUCUUAACCCAAGCUGCAAGGGGAUUACUCAUGGACUUAAAGACUUGACUCUUGUAGAGCACCUCUUUCUGAUUCCCAGUUAUUUUUAUUUAAAAAAAAAGAUUUUUUUUUUAUUUAUUUGACAGCAAGAGAGAAAGCACAGCAAGGGGAGUGGCAGGCAGAAAGAGAGGGAGAAGCAGACUCCCUGCUGAGCUGGGAAUCCAAUGUGGGGCUCAAUCCCAGGACCCCAAGAUCGCGCGACCUGAGCCGAAGGCAGACACUUAACCAACUGAGCCACCCAGGUGCCCCCACCACCACCACCACCACCACCACCCUAGUUGUUUUUAAAAAUUGUACCAGCACCAGGGAUACAAAGAAAACCUGCCCUGGGAAGGGCUGCAGGGGGUCAGACAGCACUUACUAUGCGAUGGUGUGACUCAGGAACAGAGGCGGACGCCUGGCCUGCCAGGGACUCAGAGCUCAGGGGGAGCCUCCUGGAAGAUCCCUUGUGCCUUCCCAGACAGGUGGAACCUGGGUCUUUAAGGAGCCAGGGCCUGCCUUCCUCCAGCCCAAGAAGGUGCUGCCCCCUGCUGACCCAGUCUGGCCUUCUUACACAAGCUGGAGGCGACGGGUGACCCCCGGGGGCCCUGGUGAGCCGCCUGCAGGGAGGGGGGGCCUUCCCUACUGCUUCUGGACAGCCCGAUCUUAGUUCUGUUAGUUGUUGAAGCAACUGUUAGAGGAAGGUGCUGGAAGAGCUACAGAUCCUGUGAGGAUGAAGCAGCCUGUUAGGGAAGCCCCUCCCAAGUCCAGCCCUGAUUUGGCCUCCCCCUUCCCCCUUCCACCCUCCCUGAGAAAGGAGUUUACAAAGAGAA